AUGUUCAUGUGGACUAUCACCAGAUUACGUGACGCUGGCUCAUCGCUCCGACUUACCAGCAACGAUGCAAAUGAACUACGCACAGUGAUAGAAUGCUUUAUCGACAAGACAUACAUACCGAAUAUACCGAGUAUGGAAUUUAUGGCCACACACGAUGUAGCAGGAUUGACAGAUUUCGUCGUCGAUGGGUUCAAGCCAGAGGAUUUGGGCAGAGUCGAGGAUGGUGACCCACCUGACAACGAGGCUGUUACUCGGCUCACGGCUUCUUCGUUGAUGCUCCUUUCCCGUAAGUUUUUGAAGAGUUUCGAUUGGACUGCACUAUUGGCCUUGCUAUUGGAUGAGGUCGAUUUGGUGGACCUUCUUGGGCGCGUGCUCCUUUUGCACGUGAAGGUUACUGAGGACAAACGAAAGAACAACCCAAUCAUAUUGUUCAGAAAGAGAGUCACGGCCACCAUGCGAGCCAUCUAUGACUGUGCUCCAGAGCUUGUUGCGUAUACUUUCAACGAGAAAUUCGGAGAUUGGCUAAAGACCUUACGUUGGAUAUCUUUCCAACAUCCGCCUCAAGGUCCCGAUGUCCAUAAUGAUAUCGGACUCGAGCAGGCUCAUCGAAAGGAAGUAUGGAUGGAGAUUGGUAUGGCGUUAGGGUACGACGACAAGCUAUUUGAGUGUGACAAUCCUCGCUGCCCAGGUGGUGACUAUGCCAUCGUGGUAUGCGAGCGAUGUAAAGGUGCAGCUUACUGUACUCUCAAUUGUCAAAGAGUGCACUGGUCAGCUUCAGAUGAGGGUGCACACUGGCGUUCCUGCAUUCCUACUGCCGAACACGAGAGCUGA